AAAAGUCAUACAUCAGCAGUAAAGAAAUUGAAUUGCUUAAAAUAUGCUCGUAAGAUGUUAAGUUCGAGGAAAUGUGCUCCCAUUGAUGACUUUAUUAAUGCUGGUAUUUUACCAAUGUUGAUGGAAUUUCUAACUCCAAAAUAUAACAAUGACACUGAUUUCCAAUAUGAAUGUUCUUGGAUAUUGACUAAUGUAGCAUCAGGAUCAUCAGCAAACACCAUUUGUAUAGUUAAUGAAGGUGCAGUUCCUUUACUUAUUAAUUUGCUCAAAUCACCGGAUAUACGUGUGAUGGAACAAGCCGUUUGGGCAUUAGGAAAUAUUGCGGGUGAUGGACCUCAACUUAGGGAUAUUGUAUUAUCCAACGGUAUUGUACCAAUUUUAAACAGAUUAUUAGAAACAACAGAACAAGUAACUGCACAACAGAACAUAGUAUGGACACUAUCAAAUCUUUGUCGCAGCAAAACUCCUCCUCCAAAUUUUAAUUAUUUACUUCCAUCUGUUCCAUUGUUGGUUAGAAUGUUGAGUCACAAUGAUUCUCAAGUUGUCUCUAAUGCUUGUUGGGCUUUAUCGUACUUGACUGACGGGAGCAAUGAAAAAAUUCAAGUAAUUAUUGAAGCAGGUACAUUGAGGGCAAUUUUAAAAUAUUUAGAAGUUGAUGAUACUACUAUUCUUAUUCCGGCACUAAGAGUAGUUGGCAAUAUUGUGUCUGGUAAUGAUAUGCAAACAAAACAUGCAUUGGAUCAUGGUGUACUUAAAUACCUUCAUAAUCUAUUAAAUCACAGGCGUAUUCCUGUUGUGAAAGAUGCAGCUUGGUUGUUAUCAAAUGUGAUGGCUGGUAGUGUAGAACAAAUUCAAGCAGCCAUUGAUCAUAAUUUAUUGCCAGUUUUGAUUAGAGCUCUACAACGU